AUGCACAUUCUCGUCACCAACGACGACGGCCCGCCGUCCAACGACUCCUCGCCCUACGUGCACCCCUUCAUCGCUGCCCUCCAAGCCCACGGCCACACUGUCUCUGUCGUACUGCCGCACGUGCAGCGCUCAUGGAUCGGAAAGGCACACAUCGUCGGCCACAGCAUCCGCCCGACCUACUUCCGCCCUGAUCCCAUCCCCGCCACUCUGCCCACCUCUGAAGAUGGCACUCCACGCUACCCCAACACCGGAACCACCGACUCGCGUCCCCUGCCUCUCUCGUCAUCCGCCGAGGAGUGGGUGCUCGUCGACAGCACGCCCGCGUCAUGUGUUCAGAUCGGCCUGCAUCACUACUUCCGCGACCGUGGCCCCAUCGACCUGAUUGUCUCGGGCCCGAACUACGGCAGGAAUACAACGGCAGUGUUUGCGCUGAGCAGCGGAACCAUUGGCGGUGCCAUGGAGGGCGCCGUGUGUGGGAAGCGCUCCAUCGCCCUGAGCUUUGCCUUUUUCGACCGCAACCACGACGCCACCAUCAUUGCGGAAGCGUGCGAGCAGGCGGUCAAGGUGAUUGAGCAUCUGGCGACGAACUGGGGCUCGGACGCGCAGCUGUAUACCGUCAACGUGCCGCUUCAGGCGGGCGUGACCAAGCAGAAGACUGUGUGGACGGAGAUGCUGCAGAAUUCUUGGUCGAGUGGAAGCUGCUUCCAGGAGGUGCUAGUACCAGAGAGCGAGGAUGACGGUCCGGCCGAGGCUGAGAGAGAGCUGCGGAAACAGGAAGAGCGGGCAGAGCAAGGUGGGAGCAGUCUUGCUGAAAGCGGGACGGCCACCCCGCACGCGAGAUAUAACCACAUGCACUUCAAGUGGGCACCUAAGUUUAAGGACGUCUACGACAGCGUGGAGAAGAGUGAGCCGGGCAAUGAUGGUUGGGCGGUGAAGAAUGGUUUCACCAGUGUUACGCCGCUGCGGGCCAACUUCAUGCAUUCUUCAGCGAACUACAAGGGUGAACUGCAAUUAUAG